GUUGCAAAGCUCCUGCCGUUACUUGUACAGCUCCUUCCCUCCAACCGGCGUAACACUACCAGGAAACUCGACUCACCACACUAAAGACGGACUUGAUUUACACGAUCAUACAGGUCAAUCAAAUCCUUGAUCAACCUUGUCUUCAGUGUACCCAGUGACAUCAGCCUGCACCAUGUCGACGACUCUAGUAGAAACGGAAACCAAGCAGGCAAAGCCCAAGCUGGUGAGCCCGGCGGUGCCGGUGCUCGACGCCUCUACUACAUCGAUCGAAGAGAUUCUGAAAGGUAUGAAUGUGGCUGGAGGUGUUGUUAUCAAAAACGCGAUCAGCCUCGACAAGGUUCAACAAAUCGAAUCAGAUGUCCGACCGUGGCUCGCAAAGGACCAAGCUUGGAAAGGAGAUGGAUUCUUCCCUAAGGAAACACGCCGAGCCUACGGCCUGGCAAGCAAGUCCAAGACGUACAUUGAAGAAAUGGUCAAGCAUAAACUAUACCAAGGAGUAUGCCAAGCGGUAUUAACCACCAAAAUCUCGUCUUGGAUCGGGGACAAGCAAGAACACAGCGUAUCCAAGCCGCAGCUCAACACAUCGAUCAUCUUCUCCAUUGGACCCGGGGCUAAAGCGCAGCAACUACACCGCGACGACAUGAUACAUCACAACUAUCCGCUGACGGCAAUCACACCAGCGGAACACACGUUCCGGCGAGAAGCUGGAAUCGGGUUCUUCAUUGCGGGCAAGACUGCGACCAAAGCCAAUGGCGCGACACGAUUCAUCCCGGGCUCGCAUCUGUGGUCGUCGGAAACCCCUCCUGAUGAGGACCUGGCAUAUUAUGCAGAGCUUGAACCUGGUGACGGCUUCAUCAUGUACUCGUCAUGCUACCACGCAGGAUCCGCCAACACGACUACAGACCAAGAGCGAUUGCUCUAUUGUUGCUUCUCGACCAGAGGCUACCUCCGGCAGGAAGAGAAUCAAUACCUGGCACAUGAUCCCAAGGUUUUGAGAGAGAUGUACGAUGAUGAAACACUUGAGCUGCUGGGAUAUGGAGUGAGUGCACCAUUCUUAGGAUGGCUGAACCUCCAGUCGCCACUCGAGGUACUAUUUUCGACCAAGAGAGAAGCAUCUGAUCUCUUCUGAUGUGGUGGAUCUGUGGUUAUGAUGGGGCAGUGGGCGAAGUAUGUCGUCGACUAUCCUCGAACAGUGUGCAAACUGCGGCGAGAACUCUAGCCAUGGUCUUCUUUGACGACAUCAUAUGACACAUGUGUUUGAU